GACCCCGGGAUGAGGACCCCUAUGUGAUUAGCUUUAGCCUCUAAGCUAACGGGACAAACCUCCGUCGCGGACUCACGGUUUAAGAAUGAGACAUGUCCAGAACGCCGCGCCCCCAGGAGCCACAGGAGGACCAGGAGCCACAGGAGGACCAGGAGCCCCCACAGGAGGACCAGGAGCCCCCACAGGAGGACCAGGAGCCCCCACAGGACCCCCCGGAGCCCGCCGCAGCUUUGGAGCCAGUCUGUGUAAAACAAGAGCCAGACGAACAGCUGCAGGAGCUCCCCCUCGCUCCUGUCACCGUGAAACCGGAAGAUGAAGAAAAUUCCUCUGUGCUUCACCAAAAAACAACUGAGGAGAACAGAGAGGAAACCAACGGAGAGGAAUGUGGAGCAGACCAGAGACCAUACAGCUGUUUAGCUAGUGAGGAGCAGAGGGAGGAGCAGAGGGAGGAGCAGACUGACAGCUCUGACGACUAUAGUCCAGAAAAGCCUGCAGGAUGUGUGAGAGAGAGCACCAAACCCUGCAGAUGUUCAGACUGUGGCAGAGUAUUCCAGCGACUUUCAGAGUUACGGCGACAUGAAUUGAUUCACACGGGACAGAAACCUUUCAUGUGUCCUUUUUGUCAGAAAUGUUUCAGACGACAGAGUCAUGUGGACGGACAUAUUAGAAUUCACACGGGCGAGAAACCUUACAGCUGUUCAGUUUGUCAAAAGGGUUUUGCAAAAAAGACAAGUUUUAUUAAACACGUCCAAACCCACCCAGAGGCUCCGCCUUUACCAAAGACUCUGGUCACAGGGACUCGCUCUGAGCCCGGGGCCGCGGUAAAACGAGAGGUCAGAUCAUACAGCUGUUCAGAAUGUGGCAAGAGCUUCAAGAAUAGUGCAGCUCUAGAAAAGCAUCGUGCAGCUCAUCAGGGAGAGCGCCCCCACCAGUGUGCAUCAUGUCACAAAUGUUUUAAGAAUAAAAGUCACUUAAACCAGCAUCAAAUAAUCCACCUGAGUGAGAAACCUUACAGCUGUUCUGUCUGUAAAAAAUCCUUUUCUCGGAGCAGAACUCUGAGGGACCAUUUAAAGACACACUGUGGAGAUGAACGGUCUCAAGAGCGCCCCCUCUCUGUGAGCAAAGGCGAGCACAAGCCACACCUCUGCUGCGAAUGUGGCAAAAGGUUCCAGCGCAGGGCUGAACUGCAGAGCCACACGCUCACUCACAGUGGAGAGAAACCUUUCAGGUGUCCAGUCUGUCACCAGGCAUUCCGGGGACACUUUAAACGUCACCUGAGGACGCACACGGGCGAGAAACCGUUCACUUGUCCCAUCUGUCACAAGGGCUUCGUGCAGAGCUCUAACCUGAAGGCUCAUAUUCGCGUACACACAGGAGAGAGACCUUUCAGCUGUUCAGUUUGUCAGAGCCACUUCAUCUCCAAAGGCAGUCUGCAGAAGCACAUGAGGAGCCACACGGGAGAGAAGCCUCACCGCUGCCCCCUGUGUGACAAAGGCUUUGUGGAGAAAACGCUGCUACGCGCACACAUCGUCCUCCACACGGGACAGAAACCAUUCGGCUGUUCAGUGUGCCCCAAGUCCUACACCGACCGCGGCUCUCUGCGCAAACACAUGAAGAAGCACUGCCCCGAGUCUGUCCAAGAGACCGAGGAAGAGGAGAGGGAAGAGGAGAGGGUAGAGGAGGAGGGAGCAGAGGAGGAGGGAGCAGAGGAGGAGGGAGCAGAGGAGGAGGGAGCAGAGGAGGCAGAUUCUAUAUGAGAGACUUUGUAAAAGUCCCAUAUCACACUACUCUCUACUGUCUGUUCUAAUGUUUCCUCAUCACAAACAGACCUGGAGUUGUGUUUUGUUUCACGUUUAACACACGUGUGUGUUAAAAUGUGUGUCCUUCUUAUGGAAAUCCAGUUUGAAAUGUUUGUAUCGUGACAACACUCAUUUACUGUUUGAUGUUUUCCACUGGUUUAAAAUCUUAUGCUGCUUUUCGAUCACAAAUUGUUGAUUUCUGAGGAGAAAGUGAAGCCUCCAGACUCGUGUGUCCUGUGUCUUUAAACGUGUUUAAACUCGUGUCACAGACUGUGUUUCAUCAAACCCUGUUGUAUUUAAAUGUCUGAUUUUGUC